AUGAAGAGAAGGCGGCGUCCACCAGUUUCUUCUCCGUACUCUCCGUCCUGUUCUUCGCCAGUUCGUCGCUCUUCUGGCUCUUCUGCAGCAUGUUCCUGCUCGCCUGCCGACUGCUCGGGGGACAUCGGGACUAACGCGAGGCCAAGUAGCACACCCGCGUGUGAGCAGACGCUGCGGAAAUGGCUCGUCGAUUCUCACUUUUUCCCAUUCGUUCUUCUUUUUCUCGGUCUCUUUCCUGCAUUUUUCGCUCUCUUUGACACCCGAAACACAGGCUAUAUGUUCGUGAGAGCGGAGCUGCCGGAUGGAGCCGAAACGGCCUCGGCGGAUCCCGCCUCCGCUCCUCCGUUUCCUCUCUCCUCUUCCCUUCCGCGAGUGGCUGUCGUCCACCUUCCUUCAGGUCAAACGGUGCAUGCAUCGGCAGAGAGCCGACUCGACGGGGAGGGUUCACACCGCGUGUUGUCCACGCGAGUAGAUAUUCUGUCGCGUGCGCAGAAAGCGAGAUGUGGAGGAAAUCUGGGGCAGGGGGGACAGAGCCAUGAGAGUCCAUGCUCUUCGAGUUCUCUACAGACCGGGAAACAGAGCGAAGGCGAGGCAGAAAGGCCAGUUCUCGCCUGCAACGUCGAGUGUACGUACACUCUGGAGAACAUUGCCUUUGUGGACCCAGACCAAACAUGGGAACUGGGGAUCGGCCCCACACAGCAGGCCUCGCCUUCCUCCUCUUCGGCUUGUCUAUUGUCUGCUGCGGAGUGCGAGGCUCCACGGAUCUCGACUCAAGUCCUCGAUGAUUUCGUCGACAUUGAACUCCCGGUCUUCUCCCCGCAGCUGUCCCCCUACACUCAGACGCGGCAGAAAACGCUGUCGCCGUUGAUUCUCAGGAAGGCGCCUGGCCUCCGUUCUUCCGCAUGUCCUUCCUCGCUCGCAAACGGGCUCUGUGGCGAGAAGCGGGAUGGCGAGACAAAAGGCCGCUCUUUGUCGGACGAGACGGGAGAGAUCUACGCAGGCUGCGUCACCCUCCAUCUCCCUUUCCAUCUCCGCUAUGAUGCCGCAUGCACGAGCUGUGGGGGGCUCACAAAGCAUUUCCUCUCGCCUCCAGUCGUUCGCGUCGACUGCCGAGAAGGGCGAGGGGGAGACAAGGGAGGAGUCGAAAAUAAAGCAUCAGAGAGAAAAGAGGAGAGGCAGCGUGCGGCAGGUGUGGUGUGUGAUAAGGAGGCCUGCGUCGCCACUCUUGUCGUUGGCGCCUACCCCGCGAACGGCCGCCUCCAAGGGAGGGAGAGGGAGAGAAGGAGAGAACAAGCGAGGGCCAUGUUUUCCCCAGAACACUGCACCAGGAGCUGCGAGACGACAGGCACUCCUCGAGGGGAAGCAGACGAGGAACGCCAAUGA